UGCUUAAUUUUAACACCAGAAUGUGUUUCCAUGUAGUGGUCGGGCAUUAUCUGACUGCAUUCAUGUUUAGGGGACAGGAUGAAUAAGAAGAAACGAGUAAAAGAGAAGAAUUCUGUUCCGGUGGAGGAGGACGUCUUAAAAAUUUACACAGAUGACUCGUCUACUGCCCAGACCUUUGUGGAAUAUCAGUGCUUGGGCAACGUGGAGAUUGACUUUCCUCGGCUCUGUGCUCUCAUGAACAUAACAGAUAUCCCAGCAGUCCUCACCAAGCCGGCGACUUCCUCUACCCUUGAACCCGAUGGAAGCAACCCAGAUGAGGAACAGUUACAGAAAAAUACUACAGGAUUUUGUUCAAAGCCAACUCUCCAAGUGGAGCUCGAGACUGAAGACUCACUUAGUGCCAAAAGCAUUAAGAUUUUAGGCUGGCCGGUUGAUGAGCAGAUUGUAAAAGUGUUAAACAAAAUGUUUCCCUCCAUGAGCAAGUUGCAAAAACUUAAUUUUUGGCAGGCCAGACUGACGGAUAAAAUGAUAAUGUCCUUGAAGGACUCAAUAUCACUGUCCUCCAACCUGAGGAGAGUGACUUUGGAGGGCAACCCUGUUCCAGAGCACAGCUACCACCUCCUUGUGUCUGACGACAGCCCCCUCACUCACUUGUCCCUUCGGAAUAACCGGAUCGGAGAUGAGGGAGCACGUUUGAUCGGGUCCGCUCUCUCAACACCCAGAUCUGCAAACGAGAACUUGCUCUCGCUUAACCUGGCGUUCAAUUCUAUAGGUGAUGAAGGUGCUGCACACAUUGCAAAGGGCCUGCGGCUGAAUCGUGCUUUGCUUUCUCUGUCACUGUCCAACAAUCAGAUCGGAGACUCCGGGGCUGCUCAUCUGGCUGAAGUGCUCGGCCCUUUUGCUUUAACUCAUGAAGAAGUCGUGGUGAGGAGGAAGCUGCUUUUGGAAAAGCGCAGUCUCUACGUAUCGAGGCAGAUGGUGACCCACUGUCCUCGACACAGAGCAGCACUUCACAGAGCGCCAUGAAAGGCACUUCCAAAAAACAGGAUAGACCUAAACAGUUGCUCCACCAAAUGAGCAGCCAGCAGAGAUUGUGAAAAUGAGGAACCCAUGCUGGACGAGGCGGUGCAGUACCGAGAAUUACCAGUUUGUUCUGCCUGGAAAUGCAAGCACUCCCUCUCACUCAGACUUUUGGGAAACAGAAUAACGGCGCGCUCACUGCCUCUGUUCCUAAAGUCGCUGCAGACACAACCUGAGGAACGAGGUCUACAGCGUCUCUCGCUGCAGAGAAACCACUUCCCUCCAGACUGCGAGACUUACCUGAAGAUAAAAGAGCUGAUGACCCUCCGAGAUCCACUCAACAAAACCAGUUCUGGACAGUUAAAAUAGUAGCAACAGAAUUGUUUAGAGAACUGAUGUUCACUUUUAGAGACCAUAUGUAACUUUUGUUUUCUUAUUCUCUUCAUCCCAGAUGGGACAAAACAACAUCAGCAAAGUGCCUUCAUGUUUGUCUUGUUCUUGGUUAUAUGCUGGGCUAUUGUAUGCAACUUUUAUUGUAAUAAAAAUGUGAUU